AUGGCCUCCGCAUCGACUCCUCCUCUCCAGAAUAUAUACUAUGAGCGGAAAGUAGCGACGCCUCGAUCAUGCUAUAUCUGUCGACGCGAGACGACGACGGUAUUGGCUACUUUGAACACCCAAGACUUCGUAUACACCUGUGAGGGUCAUCUGACUGAUCCAGGGUUCGCCUCCCUCAUCCCCUCCGCUCCUCCAGCCCCAUCCGGUCCUUCCGCCGAAGAUGUCAAGCGCGUAAUAUCAGAGUACGAAUCCCGAAAGACCAAAAAGGACGACUCGGCCAAGUCCGACAAGGACUCGAAGGAUAAGGAGAAGGAGAAAGCAUCGGCUACGCCGCCGGCGACGGCCUCGCCUGUACCGGUCGCAACGCCCGCAGCCACGCAUCGCAAGUUUGCGCUGCAUAGGCAGAUCUUCGAUAUGCGGCGGAACGAGAUCAAGCGGAAGGAGAUGGGGAUGAGGGCGAAGGAGGUCGGCAAGGGGUUGCCGCAGGUGCCGAGGGGAUUUUGA